GCAUUUGUCCCGCAGCGUCUGUGCAUUCCUGGCGCGUUCCCACUCUAGACAGUGGUAAAUAUACUGACAACACCGGCCUAUGCCAGCAAAAUGACGACAUCCACCGACUCAUCCAAGACAACCGAGGAACUCGAGCUUUACGGGGAGAAAUGGAAGUCGGGUCAAAGCUCGAACGAGAUCAAGCUUGUCAGUGCCGACAAUUUCUCGUUUUAUGUUCCAAAAUACCUUCUCCAGGCCAACAGUCGCGUGCUGUGCGAAUCGCUUGAGCUGCCCGCCGAAUCCCCUCCCAUAAUCGCCUUUUCAGACCGCGAAUUCGAGUAUGGCAAUCUCAUAGCGCUGUUCCUCCUUGUCAACCAAGGCGUCGGCUUCAGUGCCGCCUUGAAGGAACUUCAUGAUGAGUACAAUUACCCAUCGCGAAGAGUCAGCUGGCUCUUCGGCUUCUUACUCUUCGCCAAGAAGUAUGACUGCCGUAUACCCCUUCGACUGUGGCACAACUAUCUAUACAACCUGGUCAGAGAGAACUACCCUCCGGCUUCGCUCGUUUGGCCCCUUGACGUGUUUGUCCUCGCCGCUCGAGCUGACUUGCCGGAUUUGUCAGCCCUGGUCCUCGAGUUGUACGUGCCUAACCCUACCGACCCCCCCGACUUGAACUUUGAUUUCACCUUUGCCGAGUUUGGCUGUCUUGCUUCCCACCUUCCGUUUGAACUAGAACAUUUCCCACGAGAGGCUUGGGAUCACCUUCCUGUGCGCUACCUAUAUGCACUUCAGCAAAGCUCAGCAAAAAACAGCAGAAACACUGAGCAGGGUGGGUCGUCAAAAGGGUCGGUGAUGGGGAGCAAGCGUCGGGCACAAAUCUUUAGGGAAGCUUUAGAUCAUGGAGGGAAGGCUGUGAAUAACGACGAAGACUUGGUGACUUCUUUGGCGUCGUCAACAAGGAGGGCAUAGUGGUUCUUGGGCAUCUGUCUCGCGUUCAACUUGAUGGAUGGUGGCUGUUCAUAUCUUGUACUUUACAUGCACUUCAUGC